AGCCAUGUUUGGCGGAGAGUGUUUAUAUCGUAAAGUUUACAAAGAUCUGUUUGAAAUCCUGUAGAUAGCUUACUAAGUUUUCUUUUGGAAAAAAUAUUGAUUUAUUAUGUCAAAUACAAAAGAAGCGACUUGCGUGAAGCGCAAAAGAACUACAAAUUUAUUUAAAGUUGAAUGGCUUAACAGGAUAGUAGAAACUGUUGCACCGAAAGCUCAUGGGGUCAUGAAGGUUCAGCUACGAGAAAUAUUUAUGUAUGAUUUGGACACUGGAGUUAUCUGCUUGUAUUGUCGUGAUGCGAAAGUUGCUGGAGAAUUUGCUAGUGGAAAGAAGUGGGUGACAUUUGGAAACUUUACUUUUUGAAGCGUUAUUUGGCAAGUAAAUCGCAUUUGGAUGGUGUACAAAAGCUCAGGCAACAAAACCUGUCAUUACCCAUCACAGGAGGGCUACGCAUGUUAUGGUUGAGAUCAGAUGAGCGACAGCGAAAACGAUCAAACCCAGAGUAGAUCAAAGUUGAGGUACAAGAAUGGUCAGCUUUUGAUGUCUCGGCAAUUGCAGAUUGUGACUUCACAUUUGGCGAUGAACAAUUUAAUGCCUUAUGUCUGAAAUAUCGUGAUUUUCUAGCUGAAAAUGUUGUAAUAGCUAGACAGUUUAAUAAGAUCAACUUUUCCGUGCAAGAAAAAAUUAAAUCCAAUCUUAUUUAAAAUUUUGCUCAAAUGGUGGCAUUUGUACUUCAAAAUGAACAGUUUUGCGACCUUGCACAGUUGAUGGACGCUGGCAGAACCUUUCUUGCGUCUCGUACGGACUAUGAGCGAGGUUUUAGCCUAAUGAAUCAACUCAAAGACAAGCUGAGAAACCGUUUAGUGGUCGUGAAGGCCCAGGGUGAAAAUGUUCAAGCUCCUCCAGAGAGGCCCCGACUGUCUCCUAAUCGAGACGAUAAAGUCUAUGUGUCAGAUGAACGGAUCAUUUUCACUUGUACACCACCUAACGGCCUGGAUCCGAUUUCAGACUCUCUGUUCUACGAACUUAAACAACAAACACCAGUAAAAAGCCAAAGUUAUUCAUGGCAAAGUAGUGAGGCUUUUAACGUCAAAGAUACAAGUACCGGCAUAAAUGACUUCUACUGUGUUUAUUCGCGCUUAAUGCAUGGGAGAAAUGUAACGUCCGAGAGAAGUGAAACGGUGCGAAUAACUGUCGUGGCUCCUCCAGAGAAGCCCCGACUCUCUCCUAAUCGGGACGAUAAAAUCUAUGUGUCAGAUGAACGGAUCAUUUUCACUUGUACACCACCUAACGGCCUGGAUCCGAUUUCAGACUCUCUGUUCUACGAACUUAAACAACAAACACCAGUAAAAAGCCAAAGUUACUCAUGGCAAAGUAGUGAGGCUUUUAACGUCAAAGAUACAAGUACCGGCAUAAAUGACUUCUACUGUGUUUAUUCGCGCUUAAUGCAUGGGAGAAAUGUAAUGUCCGAGAGAAGUGAAACGGUGCGAAUAACUGUCGUGGCUCCUCCAGAGAAGCCCCGACUCUCUCCUAAUCGGGACGAUAAAAUCUAUGUGUCAGAUGAACGGAUCAUUUUCACUUGUACACCACCUAACGGCCUGGAUCCGAUUUCAGACUCUCUGUUCUACGAACUUAAACAACAAACACCAGUAAAAAGCCAAAGUUACUCAUGGCAAAGUAGUGAGGCUUUUAACGUCAAAGAUACAAUUACCGGCAUAAAUGACUUCUACUGUGUUUAUUCGCGCUUAAUGCAUGGGAGAAAUGUAAUGUCCGAGAGAAGUGAAACGGUGCGAAUAACUGUCGUGGCUCCUCCAGAGAAGCCCCGACUCUCUCCUAAUCGGGACGAUAAAAUCUAUGUGUCAGAUGAACGGAUCAUUUUCACUUGUACACCACCUAACGGCCUGGAUCCGAUUUCAGACUCUCAGUUCUACAAACUUGAACAACAAGCACCAGUUAAAAGCCUAUAUAAUAGAUGGCAACGUAGUAAGGCUUUUAACGUCAAAGACACAAGUACCGGCAUAAAUGACUUCUACUGUGUUUAUUCGCGCUUAAUGCAUGGGAGAAAUGUAAUGUCCGAGAGAAGUGAAACGGUGCGAAUAACUGUCGUGGCUCCUCCAGAGAAGCCCCGACUCUCUCCUAAUCGGGACGAUAAAAUCUAUGUGUCAGAUGAACGGAUCAUUUUCACUUGUACACCACCUAACGGCCUGGUUCCGAUUUCAGACUCUCAGUUCUACAAACUUGAACAACAAGCACCAGUUAAAAGCCUAUAUAAUAGAUGGCAACGUAGUAAGGCUUUUAACGUCAAAGACACAAGUACCGGCAUAAAUGACUUCUACUGUGUUUAUUCGCGCUUAAUGCAUGGGAGAAAUGUAAUGUCCGAGAGAAGUGAAACGGUGCGAAUAACUGUCGUGGAUCUGCCCAGACCGAGCAUAUCACUGGACCCCAGUUAUGUUUCUCCAGGUGACGACGUUACAUUUAACUGCACAUCCACGAAAAGCAUCUCGGUCGAAACAUUCUACUUAUACAAGAACGGCGUUCGAUUGAAUGACUCGGUUCCCCAGAGUGUAGAUGCACAGGACAAAUCAACCACUUUCACCAUCCAGAAUGUAGAUCCAGGAAAUAGUGGAAAUUACACAUGUGCCUAUAAACUAUUGAAAGCAGACAGGCAUCUAAUAUCGGCGCCCAGUGCUUCUGUGCUUCUCGCUGUACGUGUAAAGUCCAUUCAGACGUGGAUUCCAGCUCUACCUGUCGUAGCCCUGGUGUUAAUGUUUGGAGUAUUGGGUGUUUACUGCUGGAAAAAAGGGAAGUCCAGAGGCCGCGGAGAAUUCAGGGCCGAUCCAGUUCCUAAAGACGGUCCCAAUAACAAUGAAAAUAUCGUAUAUGCUGAUCUUAAGGUAAUACCACGAACAAAGAAAAAAGGCAAGAAAGAAUGCACUGAAACCCACGCCGAUGACAGCGCAGUCUAUGCAGACGUCAAGCUGUAGAAGGGAUAACAGGCUCCUCGAUUUUCGAUGUUUCCACUUCACCAAGAGGUGGCUGGUAACUGUCGGAGACCAUAAUCUACAGCUGCAGCUCAAACUACGCUUCUACAUGGAUGGUGGGUUCUUGCUUUUGGAACUCGCUGAGCGUCCUGGCGUUUCCAAUGUCUCCAUGUUUCGAUGUUUCGACGCGAUUCUUCGGGAUGCGACCCUGAGGACGACGAGAUUCAUCGCCGAUGUCUCAUUCUCUCUCUCUCUCUCUCUCUCUCUCUCAUACACACCCAUUUGCACAUACUCUCUCACACACAUACACACUCAAAUAUACACGUUUCUGCCUCUCUGACACACUCUCUCUCCCCUCCGACGCACACACUCGCUCUCCGCACAACACCCAUACAUUCUGUCUCUGCCCCUCUCUGUUUGUCUGUCUGUUUGUCUCUCUCUCUAUACACACAUAUACACACACACACACACACACACACACUCGCUCUCUCACACACACCUAUAAAUACUCUCUCUCUCUUUGUUUCUGUGGCGAGUGAGAGUCUGAUGGUCUUCGAGUCGUUGACCCGGACAACCGACCCGUCAAAUUCAUCACAACAUGAAACUGCGAGCUAUUGGUGUCAACUUUCGUGUGGCAGGAGCGAUGACUCCCUGUCACCCUCGCGAGAGAGAGAGUGUGAGAGAGUGUGAGUGAGUGUGAGAGAGUGUCUGAGAUGUCGAAGUGUUUGAAUGGACAGUAGCUUUUGAUGGACUCUAGAUCACGGUCUCCGGAAGCUUUACUACUGCUUUCAUGGUGGGUGGAGGAGGCUUGAAGUUUUUGCUGUAGCA